GAGUGAGAGAAAGAGAGAGUGAGAGGGGUGAGGACAAAAAGAGAAAAGGAAAAAGAGAGAAAAAACAGCUUGGUAUCGUGUAGUAUUACGCGGGCGGAUAGCUGGGGUUAGCCUGUUGGUCAGAGUUGGUCAGAGUGUCUAAGAGCGCUAGUGUGUGCAAGUGGUGUGUGUGCGCGCGCGCGCGUGUGUGAUGUGUGUGUGUGUGUGUGUGUGUGUGUGUGAUCCGUGUGGGUAGAGACUUGGCUGCAAGCAGAGCUACAUUCAUGGGGCUCGCGGCCACGAACUAGCGACUAGUCUCCGCCUUCACGGGACUCGACGGCGCCGCACGGAGGAUAGCAGAGUUCGUGUUUUGUAUUCGUCUGCGCUUGGUUUUCGUUGUGAAAUUUGGCACAAGUUGACAGUCCAAGUGGAGAAACGAUGAAUGCCUCAGAACAUGGGUUUAACCCAGCCUUUAACAUGGCCUCCAUAAAGCAGGCUUUCAAUGAGGCUGUGGAAAGAGUCUCGACAGUUAGAAUGCCUGCGCCAACGCGGCUGAGGGAUCUGAUCAGACAAAUACGGGCUGCACGAACAGCUGCGGAAGAGAGGACAGUUGUGAAUAAGGAAUGCGCAUAUAUUCGUUCAACGUUUAGGGAAGAAGAUAGCGUGUGGAGAUGCCGUAACAUCGCUAAGCUAUUGUAUAUUCAUAUGCUGGGGUAUCCGGCGCAUUUUGGUCAAUUGGAAUGUUUGAAGCUCAUCGCUUCGCCCAGAUUCACUGACAAACGAAUUGGUUACUUGGGAGCCAUGCUGUUACUAGACGAGCGGCAAGACGUACAUCUCUUAAUCACAAAUUGUCUAAAAAAUGACCUGAACAGUUCUACACAGUUCGUCAUUGGUUUGGCAUUGUGUACCCUCGGUGCGAUCGCGUCGCCGGAAAUGGCAAGGGAUCUGGCAUCUGAAGUAGAGAGAUUGAUGAAAUCGCCGAACGCGUACAUCCGAAAGAAAGCGGCGCUUUGUGCCUUUCGGAUUAUCAGACGCGUGCCGGAGUUGAUGGAGAUGUUUUUGCCGGCCACUCGCAGCCUGAUCACCGAGAAGAAUCACGGGGUCCUCAUCACUGGCGUCACUCUCAUCACGGAGAUGUGCGAGAACAGCAUUGACACACUGAAUCAUUUCAAAAAGGAAUGCGGCCAUCGUGAGGUCCUAUUGCAGAUCGUGCCAAACCUUGUUAGAAUCUUGAAGAACCUAAUCUUAGCUGGAUAUUCGCCCGAGCACGACGUAUCCGGAGUAUCGGAUCCGUUUCUUCAGGUGAAGAUACUGCGUCUUCUACGUAUUCUGGGACGUAACGACAUCGACGCAUCCGAAGCUAUGAAUGACAUUCUUGCUCAAGUUGCCACUAAUACGGAAACCAGCAAAAACGUCGGUAAUACGAUACUCUACGAGACGGUUUUAUCGAUCAUGGACAUUAAGUCGGAAAGCGGGCUUCGAGUCUUAGCGGUCAACAUACUGGGCAGAUUUUUAUUGAAUAACGACAAAAAUAUCAGAUACGUGGCUCUGAAUACAUUAUUGAAGACAGUUUACGUGGAUACCAGCGCGGUGCAGAGGCAUCGAUCGACAAUUCUAGAAUGCCUGAAAGACCCAGACGUAUCGAUUAGAAGGCGUGCGAUGGAACUAAGCUUUGCGCUCGUCAAUUCUAACAAUAUCAGGAAUAUGAUGAAGGAAUUGCUUUUAUUUUUGGAACGUGCCGAUCCCGAAUUUAAGGCUCAAUGCAGCAGCAAUAUCGUUAUGUCUGCUGAGAGAUUUGCUCCGAACAAACGCUGGCAUCUCGAGACUCUCUUCAAAGUACUCGUCGCGGCUGGUAAUUACGUGCGAGAUGACGUAGUGGCGUGUACAAUACAAUUAAUUUCGGAGACGCAGUCACAGCAGGGAUACGCCGUUAGUGCGUUGUGGCGCGCAUUAGAAAAAGACACAUCCGAUAAACAGCCUUUGGCGCAAGUUGCCACAUGGUGCAUUGGCGAAUACGGCGAUCUAUUGUUAUACAGUCCACCGUCGGAGGACGCCGAGUCUCCAAUCAAUUUGACAGAGGACGAAGUCAUCGACGUAUAUCAGAGGUUACUCUGGAAUCCGCAGAACACUGUGAUCACAAAACAGUAUACUUUGUUGUCUCUUACCAAAUUAAGCACGAGGUUCCAGAAAGGUCACGAGAAAAUUUGUCAAAUCAUAGAUACGUUUGGUAGCAAUUUACAUAUCGAAUUACAACAGAGGGGUAUCGAGUUUUCACAGCUGUUUCGAAAGUAUGAUCACCUGCGACCCGCGUUGCUCGAGAGAAUGCCGCCGAUGGAAACCGCGCGACCACAGGCCAAUGGUAUCAUAGGCAUGGUGAAUGGUGAGCCAGAACCGGAAGACGAAAAGUCCACAAUGCUGGAAUCAGCCACUACUACAUCCGAUUCAAGUGCACUUUUAGAUUUACUUGGAACUACGGAUGUAGGAAUGACGAUGCCGGCGACGACCAAUAAAAAUUCUUCAUCGAAUACGACCGCGGCAGCACAUAAUAAUGACCUGUUGGAUUUGCUUGGAAGUUUGGAUUUGAAUAUGCCUACGCCUGUUGCUCCCACGUUACCACUUCAACCGCAGGCAUCAUCUGCACCGAUGUUCAGUCCCACUAAUAACAGUAACUUUUUAGUAGAUGGAUUACUCAGUACUCCGACAGUGCAAAAUGAAUUACCAAGUAUGGUGGUCUUGGAUAAAUCAGGGCUCAAAAUAACGUUCAAAUUAGAAAGACCGCCCGAUAUCUCCGAUCUGUUGGUCAUAACUAUGUUGGCUCAAAAUUCCGGAAGCACUAUUUUAACCGAUUUUUUAUUUCAAGCAGCAGUUCCUAGGACAUUCCAAUUACAAAUGUUGUCGCCGUCAAGUACUGUCAUUCCGCCGUCUGGUCAAGUAACUCAAGUUUUGAGAGUGACUAAUAUGAAUAGAGCACAAUUAAGAAUGAGAUUGCGUAUAUCGUAUACCGGCCCGACUGGAUCAGUUCUAGAACAAACGGAAGUCAAUAACUUUCCCAUUUCGACAUCGCAGUGACAAGAUGUAAUACAAAAUACAUUUGUACAUAUGCCUGCCUAAAAAUAAUUAAUAGAAUUUUGAAAGUGGACUGAGAGGAAGAUGAAAGAAACGCAAUUUUUCUUCAUUAGGACAGUGAAACACACAACUUGGCUAUAUCUAACACACACACACACACGCGCGCACACACACACGCGCGCGCGCGCGCGCACACACACACACACACACACAGAGAGAGAGAGAGAGAGCAUUUGUAUUAAGCAAUUUAAUCAUUGUAUGUGUGGCACCGAUAAGGCAAGACCUAAACUUUCUAAGAGACACUUUGGGUAUGUUGAAAAGUAUGAUAAUUUAAUUUUGCGCGAUUUGUUUGAUAUAUUCUGAAACUUCAUAAUGAAAAGUGAAUUCUUCGGCGUGUAUUAAAACUGUCGCGGAUAAUGUGAUAUUAAUAUCGCGAUCUUUCAAAAAUUACGUUUUGUAUUAUUACUGUUGUCUAUGUAUUAUUACUGUUCUCACAUAAUUUGGUUACGAUGAGAGAACGUGUGUGUGCAAGUGCUUCGUUCUCGUAAUGUGUCGCAUGUGUGCAAAAGAAAAAGGAAGAGAGAAGAAAAAUGUAAAUAUUUUUUCUAAUAACUGAAAUACGCGGAGGGAAUUGGGGAGAUAUCGUGCUCUGAUUGGUUGCAUUCCCGUUUUUCGGCUACUAAUUUAGCGCGUAAUUUCUCACAUAGGCUAAAUAAUGAAAUAAAAAACGAAGAAACGAGAGUAAAAAGAAGAAAACAGAAAUACAUCAGACUCUUCAUAUGCCACUUAGAAACAAUAGAACAUGAAAAAAACACGGAAGAAUCGGAGGAAGGUUUUGUCACCUAAAGUGCUCUGUCGCUGCCCCAAAAAGUUAUCUAUGAGAAGGCGCUUAUAACUCUCACUGUAACAAAAAAAAAAGAUCUUUUCUACCGCUGUAUUUGUAAGAUAUCACGGACGACUCGCGAAUGAUCGUCUUGUAAAUAUUAGAUAAUCACAAUGACGUACAGAGGGGAGGAAAAAAACAAAAAUUUCGCGAAAUAAACAAAAAUAGAAAAAAAAGGACACGCGAGAUGAGACUCUUUAUAUGUGUAUAUGAUAGUAUUGUUGAUUCAAUAACGCGAAUAUACGAUAAUAUCCACGUUUCCGUCUUCGAGAAAAAGAGAGAUAUCAUUUUUUGGGAGGAAA